CGGAAUGAGCAGGCCCCUGUGUGGUUUUGUACAGAUUUAGGAGUUGUUUUAUAAAUAAGUAGUCUGUGGGUUUGGUUGCUGUUUUUCGCCCAGUUUGAUGCAUUGAAUGCCCAGCGAUUUCUGGCAUGAUUUUCAUAUGCGGCGUUGUCUUUUUCCCGGUGCUUUGUCCGUAAUAGUUUUAAAGUCGGACCCAGCCGUCGUCUCAAUCCGCUCGUUUUAGGAAUCUUUACAGAAUAAGAAUUUCCUGCGUCCAUGGAUUUAAAUUUAAACCGCGUUGACUACCUGCAGGUAGGAGUGACUUCCCAAAAGACCAUGAGGCUGCUACCUGCAUCAGGACGCAGAGCAAUCCAAAAGGUGGUCAUUGCAGAUCACGAUGGCGUGGUUACUUGCUUUGGUAUUAAAAAGGGAGAAGCAGUUCCAGUGUUCAAGACCUUGCCAGGACAUAAAGUUUCCAGAUUGGAACUAGGAGGAGCCAUUGGUACUCCACAGGAGAAAAUCUUUAUCAGUGUCGGUUCAGAAGUGCAAGGCUUCACUAAGAAGGGGAAGCAGUUUCUUUCAUUUGAAACUAACCUAACGGAGAUUAUUCGAGCUAUGUAUGUGUCUGGUGCAGACCUUUUCUUGUGUGCAAACUAUAUCUAUAAUCACUACUGUGACUGUAAAGAUCAAGACUAUUACCUUUCCGGUGACAAGAUCGAUGAUAUAAUCUGCUUACCAGUGGAAAAAAUAGGUCACAUUACACCCAUACUAGCCUGCCAAGAUCGGGUUCUCAGAGUUUUGAAGGGAUCUGACCUGUUGUAUGAAGUGGAAGUUCCUGGAGCACCUAAAGUCCUAGCAUUACACAAUGGAAAUGGAGGGGAUACAGGAGAAGACCUACUUUACGGAACAUGUGAUGGGAAAUUAGGACUGGUCCAGAUCACAAAAAGUUCUCCAUUGCAUCGUUGGGAAAUCACCAAUGAGAAAAAGAAGGGAGGCGUUCUGUGUGUUGACUACUAUGAUGUUCUGGGAGAUGGAGUCAAAGAGCUACUUGUUGGCCGUGAUGAUGGAAUAGUGGAAAUGUAUGGGUUUAAUGACGACAAUGAGCCUGUUCUUCGAUUUGAGCAUAUUUUGGCUGAAAGCAUCACUUCUAUUCAAGGAGGGUGUGUUGGCAAAGAGGGUUAUGAUGAAGUUUUGACUGCAACAUACACAGGCUGGGUGAUGGGUCUAACAACUGAGCCAGUUCAGAGAGAGGCAGGGACUUCUGAUGAUCUGAAGCUGAACCAGGAGAUGCAGAAUAAAGUCAUAAAUAUCAGGGUAGAGUUGGAGCAGUUACAGAUGAAGGUACUUCAAGAGCGUGAGAAAUACCAGCAGUCAGCGCAAUCGAGUGCUGCAGUUUCAGCGGUGCCUGUCUUUAGUGUGAAUGAUAAGUUUACUCUGAAUCGUGAUGAUGCGAGCUAUAGUCUCACCAUAGAAGUGCAGACAGCUAUCGACAAUGUACUACUACAGAGUGAUGUCCCAAUAGAUCUAUUGGAUGUGGACAAAAAUUCAGCAGUGGUCAGCUUCAGUGGAUGUGAUGCAGAGAAUGGCAACUUUCUUCUGGCAACUUAUCGAUGCCAAGCAAAUACCACCAGGUUGGAACUAAAGAUUCGUUCCAUAGAAGGACAACAUGGAACACUACAAGCCUAUAUUACCCCACGUCUCCAGCCUAAGACCUGCCAGGUCCAUCAGUAUCGGAUUAAACCACUGUCACUUCAUCAGAGGACACAUGCUAUUGAUCACAGCAGGCCUGUGAAUACACUGAUACUCACAGGACAGUUCAGCUUUGCAGAAAUUCAUUCCUGGGUUGUUUUCUGUUUGCCUGAAGUACCAGAUAAAGUUCCAGUGGGUGAUAACGUCACAUUUCACUUUCAGAACACAUUCCUGGACACACAGUUGGAAUGCACCUACAAAAAAGGUGAAGGAACUUUUAAAUCGGACAACAUCUCGACCAUUUCCAUCCUGAAAGACAUAUUGACAAAAGAAGCUACAAAAAGAAAAAUCAAUCUCAACAUCUCAUAUGAUGUUAAUGAGGAAUCCAUAAACUACACAUUAAAAUUGAUCCAUCCUAAAUUGGAACAUCAGUUGCUUUUGGCCAAGAAAGUCCAGUUAAUCGAUGCUUUGAAGGAGCUGCAACUCUAUGAAGGGAAUGUGGAUUUCCUAAUACCUGAAUACCGUUGCAUUUUAGAGGAAGCUGAUAAUUUGCUGGAAGAAUAUAAGAAACAACCUGCUCACUUGGAAAGAUUAUAUGGCAUGAUAACUGACCUCUUCAUAGAUAAAUUCAAAUUCAAAGGCACCAACGUGAAAACAAAGGUUCCCCUUUUGCUGGAGAUUUUAGAUAAUUAUGAUCCUAAAAGUCUAACGGCUUUUUUUAAUUCAGCCUAGAGAAAAUACUCAAAGCUUGUUUAAAAAGCAGUAUAAUUUCCUAGCCAUGAAUGUUUUAUAGUGGUGAAAUGUUAUGAUUUGAAGCAGUAGCAGAACAGACAUUGUUUUCUUGAUGGGAAGAAUGAAUGAUCAUGCUAUUACAAAGGUGUUUAAAGGACGAGUUUCUGUCAGUUUCCCGUCUUGAUUUCAGCAGAUGAUCUGCGGAAAUCCUGGAUAUGUGGUUAAAAACUGUCUUAAAUGCUAUUGCAUUAAAUUUCUAAAAUAGUCCCCCAGCUUUGAGCAUGAGUAGGAGAACUGUUGUGAUAUGACUCCUUAAUAUCCAGCAAAAUAAAUAAGGUGGUGUAAUGUGUUGUAAUUACUGGUAUGAGUCUGCACAUUUUUAAAAUAGUAGUUGAGAAAUAAUUUUAGAAGUUUUUUUGGAGUUUUGAAACAACUGGCAAAAACCACAUUCUUUUACAGUUAUCCAGAAUGGAGGAAUGCCCAUUAAGCCCUUACACCCACAUACACAUUCUGCCGAUAUGCAAACCUGAAGUUAGAUUCACAGUUCAUGCAGCAUUUGUUCGGAUUUUCAGAAAUUGCCAUUCAAAGUCAGCGUCCAUUUUGAAAUAGACUGUAGAAUCCAGCAAACUGGAAUUUGACAGCAGGGUAUCCCACCUGAUUUCUUUUUAAAUAUAAUUUGCUUACCUAUACAUUUAUAAUUUUGUUAAAGCGAUAUAUGGUUGUCUUUUGGUAAUAAUUGGCGAAGCGUAAUUUUCUUAAUCUUUUUUCUGAACAGCAUUAUUGCUUGUAUCUGUCAUCAUAAAAUAUCUGGUUAGCCUAGAGACCCUUUUUUAUGGUACCAUGUUGAGCCCUAGGAUCCUAGAACAGCAGUUUCCAUCUACACUAUUUUGAAAUGCACUCAAUUUUUGAUAUACUGGGUUAAAAUAAAAUACACACUCGUUAAUGUUACAUACAUAAAAUAAUCAUGUAAAUUCUUAAAAGACUCUACAAUUCCCUAAAUGCAUUUAUGCAUUCUUAUUACAGUAACAUCAGCUUUUGAAAAUCUUCUAAUGUUAUUGUUCAUUCCGUUCUCAAAAUUUGUUAAAUUUCCAGAGCUAAAAUUUUACCUACUAACUUUGUAACUGAUGAACGUGUGAAAGGAAUAGUCUUUUUAUGUGGCAAAUACAAUCCAUCACAUCUCUCCAAUAGCAUCAUAUUGAAGCAGAUGUUUGAAGUGUUUUCUAGCUUUUGUUCUUUUGUUUCACUGUUAGUGAAGUAGAUGUAGUGAUUGUAUUGUAAAUAGAAUGGAUUGUAAAUAUGGUGGUGCUAAAAAAUCAAGAAUAUUACAUUUGAAUAUGUUCAUUAAAUCUCCGAAGCAGCAAUUAAUCAUUUUGGUACACUUUUCUGUUUAAAAACAUUACGAAAGUUUGAUGUAUGUAAAACGUAUGGACUUUCAUAAAGUAAACCAUCUGUCACAUCUCUUUUUAAACUGUCGGCAGCCUUUAAAACUGUGACCAUAUCAGAUUCCUCCAAUGAUUCUCCAUCAUUAUGCAGCUGUCACACGACACCAGGUUAUUGCCCAACAAGUUCCUGUAAAAUCAUAUGCUUUCAGAGCGCUGCUACUUCGUCAGGUGACUUCUGACUUUGUGCACUCUAAUCCAAAACUGGCAUCUCCACAUCAUGGUUAUACAGCUGAAUGGUGCUGUGGCAUUGAGUUGAAUUCUUAUCUGUCCAUCUAGCCAGAGAAUUGUCUUCAAUGAUUUUACCUCUUGCUCCUGUACUGUUGCCUCUAGUGACCCCAAGGACAAAACCAAGAAUAGAUCAUGUUUCUCAUUUUCAAACUGUCCCUAGGCAACAAUCUGAAAAUGAAAUGUCCAUUUUCACAUUUUUAAAAAAUUCAUUCAUUGGAUGACAGUUUGCUAGCUCAGCCAGCAUUUAUUGCCCUUCCCAGUUGCCCAGAGGGCAGUCAAGAGUCAACCAUGUUGCUGUGGGCCGUAUCAAAUUCCACCAUAUGCCGUGGCAGGAAUUGAAAUAGGUCCCCAGAAUAUUAGCCGUGCUGCUAGAUUUACAGUCCACCAAUAAUACCGUUUGGCUAUUGCCUCCCUUAAAGUCACUUCACCCAAAAGCUUGUGAUUUCAAAUAACCCUGUUAGACUACAGCUGGUGUUGUGUGACUUCUGACUUUGUCCACCCUAGUCCAACACUGGCACCUCCACAUUAUGGUAUUUCAAGCAACCCUGAUUUUUAUCACACCACCAUUGGUGACUGUGCUCUAAGCAGCCAAAGCCUAAACUCUGGAAUUCUUUCCCUAAACCUUUCUAUAUCCUUUUCCUCCUUUUAAGAUGCUCCUUCAUGUCACAUUUUAGAUUGAUGUCCUGUCAUAUGUAAACUGGUCUUUUAUUCCUUUUUCAACACCGAUGUAUUUAGGGGAUGGGAUGGGUGAAUCCAUCAAGAUAUUCCUUAAAACCUAUCUCUUUAAUAAAAAUAUCCUAAUUUCUCCUAUGACUGUGUUAAAUAUUAU